CUGCAACACCACACGAGAGGCAGCGCCCGUGUCAACUAACGUGAGGGUCUAAAAUGGAGUAACGCUCAAUACGUCGGGAUCCCACUGAAUUUAAUUUCUCAUUGAACUAGAAAUUGUAUCCGUAGCAGGUGAACAUUGGGACUUCCAGAACCCGAGGGGAAAUCUCCGUCUCGUUCCUGCUGUCAAGCCAGCUGCGCAGAACUGUCAAGAAUGGAGCCAACAGAGCAGUCAGACCCGGACUCCAGCUCUCAGGAUGUCAACCCUGUGUUUCUGCAGCAACUGAGAGAGCUGGACAUCCCAGAAGAGGCCGCCAAACAGGCCCUUCUACACACACGGAACGUGUCUGCAGAGGAGGCGGCAAUGUACUACUUCAACAAGCUGGAGAAUGAGGAGGAGGGAGACGAUGACCUCAUGUUCAAGAUGGUGUUCGUGGUGAACAUGGACCUUGCCAUGGGUGUUGGAAAGGUGGCAGCCCAGGUUGGCCAUGCUGCUGUGGGUUUGUACCAGGCUCUACAGGAGAAGAACAGCUGGAGGGAGAUGGCGUGGAAGUGGGACCACAGUGGAGCCAAGAAGGUGGUGGUCCAGGGCACCAAUGUGGCUCAUCUACUGGAGCUGCAGGCCCUGGCCAUGAGCCUCAGCCUGCCCACGUACCUGGUCCAGGAUGCAGGGAUGACCCAGGUGGAGGCUGGGUCCCGCACUGUGCUGGCCAUCAUGGGCGAGGAGGAGAUGGUGAACAACGUCACUGGGAGUCUGAAGCUGCUCUGAGGGGCUCAACCCCACUGUGAAGGCAUUGCUCUACAGUGCCACAGUGCAUCCAGCAGAGGGCAGCGUUUCCUAGUGGCAGGGAGAGUCUUGGCAUGCAAGCUUGUAACAACCUUUAAAAAAAAAAAAAAAAGACCUAAAGAACAAGGGAAAACAAGACAUGUCCCAACACCAGAAAACACACCCUCAGCCAUUUGUUUCCCUUUCAUUCUUUGUCUGAGCCGCUUAGUCGGCCUUUAAGAGCAGGAGGGGAGGGGACCAGUUGUUCACAGGGGAACGAGGCGAAGGCAGUGGAAUUAUUUUAUUUCUUUUCUCAAACAGGCCACCUACUUAGGAGUCUAAAGAUUAGAUUCUUCAUCAAUCUUCAAACACAUCGAGUCUGUCAUCCAGUUUCGGAUUUGGCAAAGUAAAAUCCUGUAUUUUUGGUGGCUGACCAAUAUUAUAAUCAUUCUUAUUUAAGGCGCAGUGUACUGUAGACUUAUGCAUAUUGUAAUUAUAAUUAUAGCCAUAGCGGAUGUAGUAUUUAGCCGUUUGAUUCACUACUCCUGAGUGAAGAUUAACUUAUUAACUCAUAAUAUGUGAACACUCAUUUUGUGUCUGUAUGCAACUAUUCUCCCAAAGACCCCUCUCCUCUAGAAUCAAUAACAUUACUCAUUGAUAAACGGCUAUAUUUUGUAUAUAUUAUGCCCGUUUAUGGACAUGUAAUGUAUAAUGUGUGGUGUGCCAUCCUAAACAGUAUGCACAGUUACUGGACUUUGUUAUAUUGGUUUUUUUUCUCUUUGUGUUAAAGGAAAACAAAUACUACUUUUUUUAUUUUGUUUUUUUGGACUUAUUGGUAGAAUUUGACGGUGGGUGAGAAGUUGCGUGGAGCCAAAAUGUCAUGAAGUAAAGAUGUGUGGGGCCCAACUGCAUGCACUCUGCCUGUGGUGGAUAGUUUACACUUUGUAAGUUGGUCAAUUUCCAGCUGGACAGAUAAUUGUGUGUAUAACAAUUGUUAUGGACCUGGUGAAUAGUGCGCACUAAUAAUCUUAAUACACAGAAGACUGUGAGCUGUUGUGUGUCUUAUGUCCUCACAAACAAAUAUAUUGUGGGCAUGAGCUGCCUCUCCCAGAAGUCUUAGCUUAUUGUCAAAGAUUUUUAAAAAGAAGGGGAAAGAAGAAUGGCAGUGGCAUGCACGCAAUAUGACAUGUACAUUUGAACAGACCGUCGGAAUCCCAAAAUUAUGUCAAUUUGAGUAACAUGUCCACACUUUGAUACCUCCUAUGUUAUACAGUCAUUUGUGUGAGUGCUUCAGACUAUGGAGACAAUUAAACAUGCCUCCAGAUUAAGGAACGAG